AUGUGUGGUGUCACCUGCAGGUUGACGUUAGGUGAGAUUGUCGAGGUGUUGCAGGCCGAAGAAGACCAAGGUGAUAUAAUUUUAUUUCCUCCUGACGACGGCGAUGUAACUGAUGAAGACAGUGCUGAUGAAAAUGAAGCUAAUAUCCUUCAUCUUCCUAGUCGCAUGCUUCGAUCUCAAGUUGAGACACAGAACCACCUUUCCAUGUCUGGAGAAAAUCUUGACGAGGAAGAAGAAGAAGAAUCCAUGCCUGCCCGAAAGAAAAUGAAGAAAAAAGAAAAUACAGUAAAAAAUGGCACAAAGUUUUGUGAUAAUUUUUUUACUGGUUUACCUUUGAUAAAAUAUUUGCGAGAUCAGAAUAUAGGAGGCACUGGAACUGUUCGCGACAAUCGCUUGGAGAACUGCAAACUUCCAAAUUCCAAAGAGAUGAAGAAAGAACCCAGAGGAAAGUUAUAUCAUAAAGUAUCUGAAGGGAUUAUUGUUGCAAAAUGGCAUGACAACAACAUUGUGACCAUUUUAUCCAACUGCCAUGGAUGA